GAAUUUCCUCGAACUCAAAAUAUUAAUUUGGUCAAAUUUGGUAGACAAGACUAGCAUUAGUCUGCAGCCAUUGUUUAUGACGUCAACAACGUCAACGCGCAUUCCUUUUUCUUAUUUGGUGGCAGAAUCACAUUCCAAAUUCAGCAUUCGAGAAGUUUGUUUGAAAACAGUGGGUCCAAGGGUUCUAUCAGCAGAGAACCGUUAGAACUAAUCGAGGUAUCCGCAGAUCCUAGUAGAAGUAGUUGGACUCAUGGAAGAGCCCAGGGAAGAUACGCGUGUAACCGCUGGUUUCAUUGAAGAUUGCAAGACACUAAUAAACAAAUUUGAAGAAUGUGACGACAUCAGAUUCCAGGAUUUUUGUGAAGUAUGGCACUCCAUGAAGUUCUCUGCAAUAUUCACUGGACGACAAAGCUAUGUCGAGAUGCUCGAGUUCUGCGAGGAUGCAUUGCAAGAUGCAAAGAGUUUCUUAAAACCUCCCUGUCGAUUUAAAACACAAAUCGGAUGCUUGUACCUGCUGUAUGCAUUGUACUACAAACAACCAUGCGAGGAUGUCAAAAUAAGAUUUACCUACUCGGAAUGGAAAGAGCUUAAGGAACUACAUAAUACCCUAAAAACUGGUAAUCAUGUAGACGCCAACUACGUAUUAUCAAAAAUGAUUUAUGACGACGCUUUUGUACACACUGCUUAUGAAAACGAGUAUGGCUUUGAGAAGUAUCUUCGAAGCAAAGGAAUCCAGUUUGCUAAUCCCUAUUCUCUUAUACCGGCCUUGAAUGAUACGGUGGAACAGAAGCGGCUAUUUUCUAGGAUUGGAAAAAUCGGCGAUUUUUACAAUCAAGCAAGGUGCAUGCCAACAAAUGAGAUCCCCGAAAAGGCCCGGGAAAAAUUUGAUGUGACGGCCUACACAGAUUUUGUGAAGGAAUUGAAAUCCCUUAGAGAUCGGAGAAUACCCGUCAAAAAUCACAGCAGUGAUGACUAUUAUUACCCCGCAUGGAAGGACCAGUCAUCUGAUGAAAAGAGCAAAAUAGCGUAUAUCACGAGGAAAUUCCUGCCAAUUAUUUUAGCCCUGGUUUUCGUGUCUGUAGCGAUCGCCGCUAACGCUUCCAGAGGAGGACCGGGGAGAAGGGGAGGAGGCCACUCAAGGAAUCCUAAUCGAAAUGAGGAAUCUGAAGCUGCUCUUAGGGCUGCUUCCCUUCGCCAGGUCACAGUUGUAUUUCGUCACUCUCACCGUACUCCUGCCGACACUUAUCCCAAUGAUCCUCAUAUAAAUAGUAAAUUGGAGCCCUACGGAUGGGGACAGUUAACGAAUGAAGGAAAACUUGCCGCUUAUAAUCAAGGAUUAUGGCUGGCGAAGAGGUACGGUCCAUUCCUAGGAACAGAAUUUAGCACGGAUAUAUUUCAACUCCAAACUACAGCCGUCGAUCGAGCACAAAUGUCUGGAAUGUUGACCUCCGCCGGUCUUUGGGUACCGAAAGGUACUCAGCUUUGGAAAUCCAAUUUGAAAUGGCAACCCACACCGAUAAAAUAUCAGGAACUUGAUCAGGAUACGCUUCUUCUAGUGAGAACUGACUGUCGGGCUUAUUAUCGAGAACUAGAUGCCGUGAAGAACGAUACAGAAUAUCAACAGGUUCAAGCUGAAAACAAACAACUUUACGACGAAUUGACAGCUUUGACCGGAAUGAGCAUAUCCAAUCCCGAUGACAUCAUGUCGGUUUAUGGAACAUUGAGAGCAGAGUCGGAUUUAGGUUUACCUCUACCGGAUUGGACCAAGGACUAUUAUCCAGAUCGGUUGGUGCCCUUGACGAUCUACAGCUAUUUGCCUCUGGUCAAAACAGAUCUCCUGAAAAGAUUGAAAGGUGGUCCUUUCGUGAAGAAAAUCGUCAAUGAUAUGAAGGGAAAAGUUGCUGGUACCGAAAAGAAGAAGAUGUUUAUGUACACCGGUCACGACAGCACGAUUACUAACCUGUUGGGAACAUUGGGUGUUUGGGACCCGCAGCAGCCGGAAUAUGGCAUUCUUACUACGAUUGAAUUACACGAGAAUGCAGAGGGAUGGAACGUGCAGUUGUUCCUGCGCAACACAACUCAGAGAGUGCCAUAUCCGUUAACGGUUCCUGGAUGUGACACGGUCUGCCCGUUGGAUAAAUUCAUCGAAUUGCUCACCCCGGUUAUUCCCGUCGAUUGGGAGAAGGAGUGUCAAAUUGACGACGAUAGUUACGUAGCACCAACACCUUUGCCGCCCUAAAUUGAUGUAAACUUAACACAUUCGAAUCUGUUAGUUGAUAGUUUUUUCUCUCUUUUUCUCUCUUGAGAUAAUCUAAGAUCUAUCAGUGACUUGUCCGUCCGUCAUUGUUAUUAAAAAUAUAUUUAGAAAAGUUAUAAUCAGUUAAAUCGGCGUUUUAUAUCUCUGGGUGAAUUUAAAUGGAAAGAUUGAUCCUGUUGAAAUGUUAAGAUUAAAAAAAAUAACAGCAGUAACAGCGUAGUGCCUGAAUAACGCUUUUGUACAUUUACAACCUCAAUAUAUACUGUAUAUCUUGUAUUUUUCAAAUUGUUAUACAAUAAAAGAAAAAUUCUUAAUCCAAAAA